AUCUAAAAAAAAUGAAACCUUCAUUCCAGGACGGCACUCGCCGGAAUAGUGACGGUCCUGCAUGCUUGUCUUGAUAUGAAAUCAAUCAUCUUGGGGAAGUAUCACUAUAUGUUCUACAUCCUUUCCCUGGCUAUGCAUCCAAGGAUGUUAAUGACUGUUGAUGAAAAGCUGAAGCCGCUAUCUGUAACAGUGCGAGUCGGACAAGCAGUUGAUGUGGUGGGUCAAGCGGGACGGCCUAAGACUAUAACUGGAUUCCAGACACAUUCGACUCCCGUGUUGCUUGCAGCAGGGGAACGAGCAGAGCUAGCAACUGAGAAGUAAACA